GCAAAAUGAAGGCAAUGAAUUCCAGGUUGAGAUAUAUUUGCAAUCCCCAUAAAGAUGUUGUCGGUGGGAAAGAAGUAGCAAAAAGCCAAGCCAUUGCAGUAUAAGAACCCUUUGGUUCAGCACAAUCAUCUCUGCAUUUAAUGCCCACCCCUUUUUCCCUUGUUUUUCUUCUUCUCCUUCACCACCUUCUUCUUCAAUCCUCAAGCUCAGAAAAUCGUGUCUCGUCAAUUUCCUCGUUCAUUGUCCCUCCCCACCUUUCAUUAAUGCCCCAUUCCACUCCGUCCUUCUCUCCAUCCAACCGUCCACGUGUACUCUGUGUUCUCUUUUCUGAACAAAUGGCUUCUUUUUAUCUUCUGUUGAACCUCUCCGGUGACAGCAGUGCUUCUGGGUCGCCGCAGCUGAGCCGGCUCGACGAGAAAGCCGCCACGCUUGAAGCGGCUGAUCUUAAAAACAUGGGACUCGCCAUCCACUUACUUCUUCUCGAUGAGCCUCCGCCGCCGGAGUACCUGACACUCGAUUCCGACAUUGGAAAAAACCCUCUCCGACGAAAAAAGGGUGAAGCUUUCACUCCUCUGUAAUAUCUAAAAGAGAAAACCCUGGGUUUUAUAAUUAAUGAACCAAACGGAGAUGCCCUUUUGCUCCAAAACCCGUUCCCACCUCUCCUGUACCUCCAAGGCGAAGUCUUGUUAGGCUCCGUUAUCAUCAUCCUCUCCGCCGCUAAACUCCUCUCGAAACCAAAUGAAUACGACCUUUUCAACACAAAACUAAAUAUUUCCUCGCAAUUAUUAAUCCCGUUCGUUCUUCUCGGUGACGGCUCUUCCGUUAUAUCCGUUAUGGUGUUGUUUGGAAAAGAUUGGAGAGGAGUUUCAGUCAGGGAUUCCAGAGUGUUGUCGAGGAAAAUGGGAUCGUCGAUGCUCGGACGGAUUCUGGCCGCCAUUAACGGAGUGAAAGGAGAUUCCUUAGCAAAAAUUCCAGCUCUACAC